AUGAGUUCGGAAGGUAAAUUUUUCACCAAAUUGAAGAAAACUUUCAAAGGGGAGAAAAGUAACGAAUCUUCGCCCAAUUCGUCACCUAAAACCUCUAAGUCCGCAUCAAAGAAAGAAACCAACCCAAAGAAGGAGAAGUUGCUUCAAGAAGCUCGAAAGGAAGGAGAAAAAGUAUUCCAUCGUAAGCACGACGAAACCACUGCAGCAGCAGGCAGUGGAGGCGUUGCUGCAGGUACAGCUGGUGCAGCUGGUACAGCGGGUACAGGCGGUGCAACUACAGCGACUACAUCGUCUUCAACAGCAGCCAACAUUGGUAACAAGGAACAUGACAACAUCCUCAAGGAAGCUUGGGAAGAAGGACACAAGCUAUUCCAUCAUCAGUCCAAAACAGGAAACACCGGUGUUCAUGCUGGUGGAACGGCACCCGCAGCAGCAGCAGCAGCGGGUGUUGGAGGCUAUGGUGCAUCUGGCCACCACAAGCACACCCCAAGUUCCGGAUACGAGUACAGCUCCGAUCCAAAUCAUGUUGUUACCAGCUCGUCAAAGGGCCGUGUGGUCUCAUCUCCACCAAGACGUUCAAGAGAGCCACUUAAAUAUGAAGUUCCCGGAGAUUUCAGCAAUGAAAAGAGUCCUACUGAUCCAACGGUUAUUGAAAAGUCAGAGAAUCAGCAGUCAAAUACCGCUGUAGUUACCAACACCAAUCCAGCGUAUAGUGAUGAUGCCAAGCCAGCAAAGGGUCACGGAAAGUUUUUUGAUCCAAAAGAUACACAAGGUGGUGUUCUUGGUGCUGCUACAGCCUCGGAAGGAUCUGCUCAAGCUUAUAAUGAGGGGGAUUUCAAACAAUCCCAUGAGGAAGCAACUAAAGCUAAAUAUAUCGACACUGAUAACUUGAAAACAAAGCCGGUAGUUUAUGAACAGGAAGAAAAGGCAAACCAAGCUUUAGAGGAGAUCAAGCAGGAAGCGUAUCGCGAGGGAAACAAACAAGGUAGAAAGGAUACACAAGAGGAUCCUUCCAUUUUAGGAUCUAGACAAAUUGGUGGAAGCGGUACCACAAAUGAUGAUCAAAAUCCUGACAAGGAAGCCAUACAUCAAGAAAAUAAAUCUGCUUACAACAAGGAUGGUAUUGCUGGUAUUCUUGAGAAAGAGCAAGGCGAAUUGCCAUCAAAGUCGAAGAAGCAAGAAUCACACUCAAACACUAUUGAGACUGGUGGUGCAGUUUUUGGUGGUGCAGGUGUUGCCUCUGCAAAGCAAGACAACUACGAUCCCGCUGAUGCUGAGAGAAGAAUCUCCGACCUUGACAAGCAGAUUAAUCAAGCUGACAGCAAAAUUGCCAAAUUGAGAAAUGACCCUAACAAUGCGUCGACUUUUGCAGUCCGUGAUGAGCCUAUCAAAACACCCAAGUUGGAUGAUGUGCACGAUGAAUAUGAUCAUUCUGAUGGUCAUGAUGAGUUUGCCGAUGCCCAAACAGAUACCAACACUAAUGACAAUGCCAAGUCGGGCCAAGGCGUGUUGGCUGGUGCUGGUGGUGCAUUGGCAGCAGCAGCAGGUUACUUGGGCUAUGGUGCAGCAAACAAAGAUCAAGACCGUGCAAAUCAAGGUGUUACUCCCGGCCAAAAACAAGAAACCUUAGACGCCUCUUUUGCGGCUGGUCAGCAACAAUUUGAGAAUGAGCACGCUGGUGUUACAUCCAGAGACACCACAACACAAAACCAAGAGGGCCUUGUCGGUAAGGCUGCUGGAUUCUUGGGAUUUGGAGGAAACAAGGAACAAACCCAAGCAAACGAGGGUGUUACUUCUGGUGAAAAGCAAGAGACUCUCGAUGCAUCUUAUGCAGCUGGUCAGCAACAAUAUGAAAAUGAAAAAGCAGGAACUGCAACUAGAGGUGCCCCUGGUGAAGAACAAGGAGGUAUUGUUGAGAGGGCAGAAGAAGUUAUUGGUGGAGCUACCGCUGCAGCUGCUGGCUAUUUGGGUCUUGGAGGACCACGCAAUGCCACAGAGGGACACAAGCAACUACUCAAAGAGGCUCAUGAGGCGGGAAAGAGAAAGGCAGAGAAUGAGAGACAGGGAGCUGCUUCAAGACACACCGGUCAAAAUCAGGAAGGCUUUGUCGAAAGAGCUGAAGGUGUGAUUGGAGGGGCUGCUGCCGCCGCCGCUGGGUACUUAGGAUUAGCACCUCGUGAUGCUGAGCAAGAACAUCAACAGAUUCUUAAGGAAGUCUACGAAGCUGGAAAGAGAAAGGGAGAAAACGAAAGAUUGGGAAGUGAUCAAACUUCCGGUCUGUAUUUGGAUGGAGCCAAACAGCGCAUUGGCGAAGCUUCUGCUACAGCUGCAGGUGCCCUUGGCUUGAACAGCUUGCAAGACUCGAAGGAGUCAACCAGUGACCCGUACAGCAGAAGUAAGGAUGCCACUCAAUCUCAAAACUAUGGCUCUAAAGGGGUUUCUGCUGAUCAAAAAACAACUGAAAGAAGAGGGCAAGGUCCAUCAAGCACUUCUCAGUCUUCCAACCAGGGAUACUUGGCCUCAGCAGGUGCAGCAGUUGCAGGUGCAGGUGCUGCCGUUACCGGUGCACUCGGGUUGAGUGGUAGUGGCGGUGAUGGACACAAUCCUACGGCUGCUGGUGACUCGUUAAUAAAGGACGCGGAAGAGGUUGAUCCUUCUAUUGAAAAGUUGCCACCUCAUAAGGUGAACAAGAAAGAGUUGGAAACGGAGGAGUCUCUUGGUCCUGCUGCCGAUCAGUAUGAGACUGAAGUUGUUGGCCUGAACAAGGAAAAAGUUGAAGACAAGCAACUCAAGGCGGCCGAAGACAGUGUCAGCAAGUGGAACAAAGAGCAUGGAUUUAAGAAUCCGAAAGAGUCUUUGAUCCAAGAAGCAGAGGAAGCAGACCCAGCCAUUGAAAAGUUGCCACCUCACAAAAUUGACAAGAAGGAACUUAAAGAGGAAAAGACACUUUCCGCUGAUGCAGACCCAUUGGAAAAAGAACAGGUUGAAGAUACUCAGUUCAAAGACAUUGAGGAUGAUGUUGCCGCAUACAACAAAAAGCAUGGGUUUACCAAUGUCAAGUCUUCGUUGAUCGAAGUUGCCGAAAAUGCAGAUCCUAGCAUCGAAAAGAAACCAGCACAUAAGGGACAGUCAGUCGAUAAGGAAGUUGCAGGCAAUUCAAAUGAACCGUCAGGUGGUGACGUACAAAGCUUACCAAGUAAGUAUCCAUCAGUGACUGCAGACGAAAUCAAGAGCUCUGCUGGUGCUGGGGGAGUUGGAACCAGUGAUGCAACAAGUAAAAAGUCUGCCGAUACUGGCAAGGACAACGAUUCCAAUACACGUGAAGUUUCAGACAAAGACCACGACCACAAGAAAAGUUCGAUUGCCGAUGUCGGAGCUGGAGCCGGAGCCGGAGCCGGAGCUGCUGCAUACGGAGCUACUCAUGAGAAAUCAUCGGAAGCAUCCAAGCCAAAGAAGUUGGACGAUUCAUUGAAGAAGUCCCUCUACGAGGUGGGUUAUUCCAAGGGUAAAGCCGAAAGCGCACGCUCCAACAACAAGAAAGGUGUGUUGGGAGCUACUGGCAGUGACUCUACUGAUUCAUCAAAACAAAACAAAUUGGAUGAUUCAUUGAAGAAGUCCCUUUACGAGGAAGGAUAUGCCAAAGGCAAAUCUGAACCAUCUGGAUCUCAAAGCAAGAAUGUUUCAGGCGCUUCUUACAAUACUACUCAACCACUCAACCGUUCAAUUGGAGAUUCAAGCUCACAUGUCGGUCCUGCAGCUGGCGCCACAACAGCUGGCACUACAGCUGCGGCUGUCGGUGCUGCAGAUGCUAAACAUGGCGCCAAUCAACUGUUAGACAAUGAUUUGAAGAAGCAAUUGUAUGCGCACGGCUACAAAUCUGGCGCUGCUCAAUAUCAAAGCAUUGAUCCAGAUUUGAAAAGGGAAUUGUACCAAAAUGGUUAUGCAGCUGGUCAAACGCAUCAUCAAUCAUCCACGGGGGGUUUUGGAUCUGGUAGCGGUACAAGGGGUACUGAUUCCAAGUUGGAUUCGAAACUCAAACAAGACUUGUACGAACACGGGUAUGCUAAAGGCAGCACCGAAAAGAAGGCAGAAAAGGACGAUCACGUUCAUGGUAGGUCUUAUGGAACUUCGAACAGAGAAGCUGCUAUAGUUGGAGGUGCUGGUGUAGGCGCUUUGGCGGGCGGCGCUUUGGGCAGCACUUCUCAGCCCCAAUCAAACCAGAAGUCUUUGCACGCUCCAAUUGAUGGUAGAUCUGAGUUGGUUGAUGAGACCACUGCUCACAAACAAAGAGAAGACAAUAGUAACAACUUGGUUGUUGAAGUUGUCGGAAUCGAAGAUCAGGAGGAAGCUUUGAGAACUGCUAGAAACGCUUCAAAGAAGUUGGACCAAAGAGGAGUGGAUUUGUCUUCUGGUAAAUUGGUCAUUGAUGCUAACAACAAGGAGAUAUACAAAGAGGAUUACGUUAGUGAGAGGGAGGUUCCUGGACGUACAUCUGGUGCAUCAAAUGUUAUUGGACAAUCAAGAACUGAAGGGUUCACACAGGGAGUUCGUGGUUUGGAUACGGCAUACGAAGGUGAUGGUUCUGGUGAACAGACCAAUAUUUACGGUGGUCAAAGUGCUUCCUACACCCAAGGUACUGCUGCUGCCAAUGUUGUCGGACAAUCAAGAGCCGAAGGUUAUAUUCAAGGUACGCAACAUGGUAAGGACACCACUUAUGAAGGUGAUGGUGCUGGUCAAAAAACAAACAUCUAUGCUGGACAAAGUAGAGGUGCUGAGCCACAAGUUGUCGGACAGUCUAGAGCUGAGGGUUACACUCAAGGCGCAAAAAAUACCGAUACCUCUUAUAGAGGAGACGGUGCCGGUAAGACGACUGAUGUUGCUCCAGGAGAAGAUAGAAAUGCUGCAAUUGCCUCCAUUUUGGCAUUGGACAGAGAAGCUGCUCCAGGUGUUACUUAUGGUGAUGGAAGUCCUGUUCCAGAUCUCAAACCUGGUGAGUGUCCUUAUUUCAGUUCAAUUGGCCAGCCUACCCCAGGUCCAGCCAGUGAAUAUCACAAGGAAGGUAUUCCAGAUCAAGGUGCGCACGCAGGCGUUGUUCGCGAAGCUUAUGCCGAGGGUCUUAAGCGUGGCCAUCAUGCUGCUAGUGGAGCCUAUGGACAAGGAGCUAGCGGAGCACAUGGAGUUGAUACUUCCUAUGAAGGUGAAGGUGUUGGUGCAAAGACUUGUCCUUACACUGGAGCUCAAGUGCAAAGCACACCAAGUACUGCAGGUUAUUACGGUGAUGGUCUUUCUGGACAUGGCCAAGGUAGUCAUGGUGCUCGCGGUUUUGACACUUCUUACGAAGGGGAUGGUGCGGGUGCUAAAACCUGUCCAUACAAACCUACUCUGGGCCAAUCCUCAGAUCAAUCUGAAUUAGCAAAGCAGAGAUUGCAUGAAGCAGCAAGACAAAAUGCUGGAUUGUCAGCUACUGGUGCUACUGGUGCUGCUGGUGCUGGUGCCGGUGCUGGUGCUGGUGCCACUAAGGAGCUCAACACACAUGAAAAGUCCUCAAACAAUACCAACAAAGAAGAUGAAGAUGAGAUAUUUGUAAAUGUCAAGGGUACCAAAGACAAUGCAAUUGCUACCAAGAUUGCCAGAACUGCUGUUGCCAGAUUACAAAAGACACAUGCGUCAAUCAUCUCCAAGGUUAAAGAAUUGCAAGUUGAUGCCCACACUGGUAUUGUUAGAGAUGAAAAUGGAGAUGAGAUUGCCCACUUUACAGAUUUAGCCGUUGAUGCAGACCAUGCAAGCUCUGACAAGUAUGGAUCAAAGAGCUCAUCAAGCAUCAAUAAUACUGGUGGUGUAAGCUCCUCCACUCCUGCUACUGGAGCUGGAACUGGAGCUGGAGCUGGAACUGGAGCUGGAACUGGAGCUGGAACUGGAGCUGGAGCUGGAGGACUAGCUGCUGCUGCUGCUACUACUGCCUCUGCAAAGCAUCCUCAUUUGACUGAGCCUACACAUCAUACCAGUGCCAACGCUGGACAACAAUAUGGUAGUGGAUCUGGAAAACCAGAACCACCUUACCCUCAGGGUGUGCCAGCAACUAAGGACGUUAAUGCCACUUCCAACUAUUCACCAUCUGGUCCUCAAUCUAAUAGGGCGAAUGAAGGUUUCCACACUCAAUCUUCGUCUGGUGCUUCAGGUGCUGCUUCGAGUGGAUUACCAAACUACUCCAACUACGAUGACCACAGGAAUCAAUCCUCAAGAGAAGAUUAUACUCAUGACAAUGAAAAGCAAAACUCCACAUCUCAAGGAGGUUUAUCUGGCUUGGCAUCAAGUGUUAUUGGUGCUUCUGGUGCUGCUGGUGCUUUAAAAUCAUUAGGUCUUGCAAACCAAAGCGGUACAAGCCACGGAAAAUCAGAUGAUAGGAAUAUCUAUUCAGACAAGUCUCAUUCAGACUCUAAUCCUUCAUCCUCACAUUUACUGGGGUCAAAUGCUUAUCCAAAAUCAGCCGUUGAUGCGUACUCAUCUUCUUCCGAAAACACAAGCUUUGACAAAAACGUCAAUGAUGCUACGUAUGGGCAAUCAGGAGGAAGAUAUGCUGAUCACCAAUCAACCUCAAAACCUUCCAAUUAUGUUUCUGAAUCGGGUUAUAGUACAAAACCUACUUCUGGUGUUGCUGAUGCCACAUCUGCGGGCGAAACAGGUGUUGGUAGAUCCACUGGCGUAGGUUCCACUUCUGCUGCAACUACUGCUACUAUUCCAAGUUAUGCUGAACAUAAUAAAAUUCCCAGAGACUUGCAACAUGAUGAUGCUGGUGCAACUGGUGGAUCCAAUGUUGGAUCAUCAUCACAUGGAUUAACUUCGAAUGCUGCCGAAGCUGACCAUGAAGCUACUACUGCAAACAGCUCAUUUAGCAUGCCAGGUGGAUGGAAUUAG